AUGAUACAAUCAAAAAUGAUAGAAAAAGCAGAAGAUUUUUGUUGUUCUAUGAAUCAUGCUCAUCCAAUAUAACUAGUAGUUUGUGAUACUAGUUUAGGGAAGAAUAAAAAACUGUUAUGCUCAUAUUGCAUCGACAAUUUAGACUCUCACCUAAAUAAUGCAAUAAGUUUUUCAAAAGCUUCUAGAAUAAUUGAAGAUAAUCAAAAGAAGAAGGCUUAAUUAGUGGAAAGUGCCAUUUUGAUGAAUCUCUAAUAGAUUUAGGAACUCAAAGAAACAUUAAUUCAGUUAAAAUCAAAAAUCAAUCUUUAAUUAGAUGAAUUCAUUUAAAACUCAACAGAAUGGAUGUAAAGUUUAUUAAAUUUUGGAUAAUAGAAUGUCAAUUAUAGUUUCUAUGAAGAAUUAGAUAACAUAAUUAAUCAAAUUUAGUUUGGAGAUUUUGAUUGCAAAGCUCUACAUAAUUAAAUUUAACGAAUUAAUUACUCUUGGAAUAAAAAAAUAAGUUCUAACUUAGCUAAUUUCAAAUCUUUUGAGUUGGCAAAGAAAUGCCAAUAAUUUCUAUUUAAUUUGGAAAAUUGUAGUUCAGAUAAAGAUUAAAUACAAUAAAUUAAUUUAAUUCAAGGAUAGUAGGAAAGCGAAAUUGUGAAUUAAAAUUAACCUGAUGUAAAUUUUAGGUUAAUUGAGGAUGUUUAGAAAUAGAUGUAAGAUUGUUAUGCAAUAGUAUUUAAUAACACUGGAUCAAUUAUGGUGUCAACAGAUGGAUAAGAUAUUUUAAUUUGGAAUUUUGCAUAAGGGUAGCUGAAAUAAUCGAAUAGAUAUCGAGUGCAUUAAUUAUCUCAUCAUGUUUAAUGUUUGGUGUAUAGCAAAAGAAUGAAUUCCUUUAUUUCUGGUUCUUGGGAUAAAUCAAUCAUUUGCUGGAAAUAAAUUAACUCUAAUGAAUGGCAAUGGUCAUAAUAAUAUUUUUAGCAUACUAAUUGGGUUUUUUGUUUAAUUUUAAAUAAAGAAGAAGAUUAACUAAUAUCAGGUGGUAGAGAUAAUUAAAUAAUAAUUUGGAAUGUAGAUUUAAUGAAAAAUGAACUAACUUUUCUUUAAUCAUUAGAUAAUACCGCAGCAGUAUAUUCCUUAAGUUUAAAUGAAUCUGAGACUAUAUUAGUAUCCUGUGCAAAACAUAAUUAUUUAAUAUGGGAGAAAAUAGAUCAAAGGUGGCAGUGUAAAUGUAAAUAAUCGGUUCCUUAGGGAAACUAAAUAUACUUUAUGAAUAAUCAACAAUUUCUUUGGGUUACAAGUGGAAAGGAAGUUGAUUAGAUUUUGAUCUUUGAGCUAUAGAAUGGAACCUUUGAAUAAAAUUAAGAUAAAACCAUUCAAUUAAAUAAUAAUGAUUAAUGUGAGAAUGUUUUUGUAAAUUUCCCAAUAAUAUACAAUAAAGAUAAAAAGAUCCUAUUGAUAAGGCAUAAACAUAGCAUUUAUUUUAUUAGGAGAGUUAAUGAUGCAGAGUUUAAGAUAUUAGGUUCAUUAGAUUGUGGCAUUGAAGUCAUUUAAGGUUCAAUGACAAAUGAUGCUUAAUAUUUAGUAUUUUUAGAUAGAAAAAAAAAGAAAUAUACGUCUUAUGAGUUAUUAUUUAGAUGA